GGUUUGGCAUUUCAAAUACUUGGUCGUCAUUUGUGUUGCUCCCCCUUCAGAACAUGGCUCCCUUCAGAACUCUUCCUUCCGGGAACAAGGCUUCGCCUCUACUCAUCCAAACCCAACUAUUUUAAAUCCCCAGAAACUCAUUGCGUUUCCUAAUCCCCACAUGAACCUUACAUUUCGGAGAAGCAUACACUAG